AAGUUUGUGCGCGGUGAUUGAAAUAAGAUCACUGCUACUUUUUAGAAUGAGGGGCUAUGUCGAUAAAAUAGCUAUGUAUUCGAAUCGUAUAUUCCCAUUUCUUUCCUUAGUGUUCGGACGUUAAGAACCAUCACGAUCGUGAUGGUUCUUAAUUAAAAUGGUAGGCUGGUCAGUCUUCUGUCACUCCAGAAUUUCAUAAUUUCCCCGAAAGUUUUGGAAGUUUCACCAAAAUAAUGUGAAUACUUUGGGAGAAGAUUCAGACUAGGGGAAUUUUUGGGCUUUCAGUCGCACUUUUUGUCUAUUGAAGCCUUAAAAUUUAUCACUUAAGUGAUAAUAAUUUCCCCCAUAUCCGGGAAAUUGGAGAAUGAGAAAUUAAGCUUGAGAGUUUAUUUUAAAUGCUAAUAGACUCCCACUGUCUGUGUAGAGAAAUCAGAUACUGUGAACAUUCGUAUGUAUUGUCCCUUGUAUAAUUUCCAUUAAUUCCACAUACAAUCUUGUGUGUUUGAUAGUCCCUCUUACUUUAACAUUUAGUAUUGUACCGUGUUAUAAUAUACCCGUUACAUAUUUGGCGAGUCUGCCAGAAUGCAAACGUCUCAGUGGCAAAAUGUGGGCUUAUUCUUAGCCAUAAUUAAUGUAGAAACAAUAGUUGAUGCCUUGUAAUAAUUUUAUAUUAGUAAUUCAAACUCUUAUUCUUCACUCAUUUAAACUCGUAAUUUAACAGCCAUCACAUACAUUCAUUACUGGAUGACUCUCAUGGUAGUAAAGACAUUAGAAUUGCAACUAUUAUAUCUCGAGUUCAAAUUUUCGUUCCACUUUCAAUGGAGCAAAACUGUGUAGUGUCACCAGCCUUAAAACGUGGAUGAAAUAAGUUAUGGAACGUGAGUUCGGUUGCCAAGUUAUAUUCGGAAACAAUAUUUUCGGAACUUUUAAGGCCAGUUGCUUCUGUGUUAGCAUCUUCAUUAUAAUUCUGUUUUCGCUUUCCUUACAGUCAUCUGUCUGUAUUUUAGGAGACAUCGGACACUGAAUUUAGUGAUGAACCUUUGCUGAAUAGUAAUGAUUCUGCAUCUGGCAGUUUACCAAAAGCUGUGGCUAGAUAUGAAACAAGCUUGUCCGAAGCAGCACUUAACUGCAGGAAAAACUACAAAUUUGAUUUGUUGGAUCUUUUGACAACAUCUACUAAGUCAAACCAAUGUAUGCUUGGGAUCGAUGAAGCUGGAAGAGGUCCAGUCCUUGGCCCUAUGGUUUAUGCAUGUGCCUUGUCACCAAUAAGUCGGUUGAAUGAACUAAAAACUAUUGGACUUGCUGAUUCAAAGACAUUAAAUGAAAAUCAACGUGACAAACUUCUUAAAGAGAUGUUGGAUAAAUGUGAUUGGAUAUCAGCUGUCGUCCAUGUGAUUAGUCCUGUAUACAUUACCGAGAAAAUGCUAGAUAAGUCGAAAACUAGUUUAAAUGCUAUAUCUCAUGAUUCGGCCAUACAACUUAUUCAAUCAGUUCUUGACAGUGGAGUAAAUUUGGUUGAGGUUUACGUUGAUACUGUUGGCAAAGCUGAACAUUAUCAAACUAAACUACAAAAUCUUUUUCCUCAAUUAAAAAUACGUGUUGAAAGCAAAGCUGAUGAUAUUUAUCCAAUUGUGAGUGCUGCUAGUAUCUUCGCAAAAGUUACUCGGGAUCGAGUUCUUCAAAUGUGGCCUAAAGAAGAACGUGGGAGUGUACCCGAAGGCACUGGUCUUGGUUCUGGCUAUCCAGGUGAUCCCGUCACCAAAAGUUAUUUGCGUGCAUGUAUGGAUCCAAUUUUUGGUUUCCCGUCUCUUGUGCGAUCUAGUUGGUCAACUGCAUCUUCUCUAUUGGACCAACAUGGUGUAUCAGUUAGGUGGGAAGAUGAUGAAACACACGAAGAAGUAAUUCAAGCUAAAAAACUUGCACGAAAACGCGAACAUUCAAAAGGUACUUGUAAAUUAUCUAAUUAUUUCAAUAAUGCUCAGUCGAGAUCGUCCACACCUGAUGCGCUACAGAGACAACCAUUUUUUGUACGAACUGGUCUUGUGCAUGUUCAGACUAUCACAUAAAUUUUAUGAGAUAUAUUAUGUAUAAUUUUCUUUGUAUGGAUGUUUCAUCAUAUUUCUCUAAUAAAAUCGAUCUCUGA